AUGGUCCUACCUUCUCCCCAAGAGGGCCGCCUUCCCGACGACGUCUUGCAGAAAGGAAGGCAGAGGAAGCCACGGCCACUCGACCCCGGCGAGGGCUCCAAGGACACAGACAGCUCUGCGGGGCGGAGGGGCAGCGCAGGCCGCAGGCAUGCGCGCUGGCGGGGCCGUGCCGAGAACCCGGGCGUACCAGUGGCCAAGGUGGUGCGGGCAGUAACCAGCCGGCACAGGGCCAGCCGGCGGGUGCCCCCCGCCCCGCCCCCAGAGGCCCCGGGCCGCCAAAACCUGAGCGGGGCGGCAGCCGGGGAGGCGCUGGUGGGCGCGGCUGGCUUCCCACCGCACGGGGACACAGGGAGUGUGGAGGGCGCACCCCAGCCCACAGAUAACAGCUUCACCCCCAAGUGUGAGAUUGUGGGCAAGGACGCGCUGUCUGCCCUGGCCCGGGCCAGCACCAAGCAGUGCCAGCAGGAGAUCGCCAACGUAGUAUGCCUGCACCAGGCCGGGAGCCUCAUGCCCAAGGCUGUGCCCCGACACUGCCCGCUGGCCGGGAAGCUGAGCCCUGGCAUCCAGUGGGACGAGGUCCGGGCCCAGCAGCCUGUGGAAGGCCCCCCGGUCCGCAUUGCCUAUGUGCUGGUGGUCCACGGGCGUGCUGUCCGCCAGCUGAAACGGCUCCUCAAGGCUGUGUACCACGAGCAGCACUUCUUUUACAUCCACGUGGACAAGCGCUCCAACUACCUGCACCGGGAGGUGGUGGAGCUGGCACAGCAGUAUGGCAACGUGCGGGUGACGCCCUGGCGCAUGGUCACCAUCUGGGGCGGGGCCAGCCUGCUGAGGAUGUACCUGCGGAGCAUGCGGGACCUGCUGGAGGGGCCUGGCUGGGCCUGGGACUUCUUCAUCAACCUCAGCGCCACCGACUACCCGACCAGGACCAAUGAGGAACUGGUGGCCUUCCUGUCCAAGAACAGGGAUAAGAAUUUCCUCAAGUCGCAUGGUCGGGACAACUCUAGGUUCAUCAAGAAGCAGGGCCUGGACCGGCUCUUCCACGAGUGUGACUCCCACAUGUGGCGCCUGGGUGAGCGGCAGAUCCCAGAGGGCAUUGUGGUGGACGGUGGCUCCGACUGGUUCGUGUUGACGCGCAGCUUCGUGGAGUACGUGGUGUACACGGACGAUCCGCUGGUGGCCCAGCUCCGCCAGUUCUACACGUACACCCUGCUCCCCGCUGAGUCCUUCUUCCACACGGUGCUGGAGAACAGCCCGGCCUGCGAGAGCCUCGUGGACAACAACCUGCGCGUCACCAACUGGAACCGCAAGCUGGGCUGUAAGUGCCAGUACAAGCACAUCGUGGACUGGUGCGGCUGCUCGCCCAACGACUUCAACUAUGUGGUGGCCACGUCCUAUGACAUCACAGUAGACGCAGAGACUGAGGUCACGCAGUACAAACCCCCGCUGAGCCGGCCCCUGCGGCCUGGAGCCUGGACUGUCCGGCUGCUUCAGUUCUGGGAGCCCCUGGGCGAGACCCGCUUCCUUGUGCUGCCCUUGACCUUCAACCGCAAACUACCUCUCAGGAAAGACCUUGGGGAUGAGUGCAGUGUGACUCAGGAGACUGCCCCAGGCUGCCACUCCAUGGAGCCCCGGUCAGAUGCCCUCGCCCUCAGGUCCCGCCAGUGGGGCAAGAACCCCAGGGGAUACAGACCCCAAGUGGCCUCUGCCAAGGAGCUGCAGGAGAUGGAAUCUGAAGCCAUGGCCCAAGAGAACUAG